UGCCCAUUAAAAUGACCCAGCUUGCUCUAAAGCUUGCUCCUCUUCUCACACUCAUCAUUUCAGCUUCUCUUCAUCUUCUUGGAUCUCAAAGCAACCUCUAUAUUUCCUUCUGAGACCUUGGGAAAAAAUGUUCAGUGUGGAGAUGAAAUGGCUCGUGGCUUUGGCCUUCACACGGCUGUUCGGACACUCGGGGCAUGACCAUGACCAUGCGAACCAACAUGAUCACAUCAAGAUGGCGAAAAAGGAAGAAUACCCAUAUGGAUUCCAAGUGCCACUUCAUUACCCAAAAUACUCAAAGGCUGAUUACGAAAGCAUGGAUGGGACGAGGCUUGACUUGCUCCUCAGGGAAUAUGGUCUCUCCUUCGAAGGAACUCUCGAUGAGAAGAGGGCCUUUGCCAUGGGAUCUUUCCUUUGGCCUCAUCAGCUUUGAAUCUCUAUCGAUCCAUAUAUAUAUAUAUAUAUAUGAUACAACCAUCCUCUCAACAAGACAUAUAUAUAUAUAUAUAUAUAUACUGUAUCGGUAUCUUGAACUUAAAGACAUGAAUAUAAGCGGUGUCGUGGUAUCUUUUCAAUGGAUGUGUAUUUUAGUCUUUCUUUUUUGCUAUGUAUGUAUGCAUGGAGGAUGUGAUGCCAUGGAUGUAUAUAUAGAAAGCCAUUACUAAGCAUGGCUUGUUGCCAUAUUAGCACCGGUGAUUGUCAUAGAACAUGAACACGAUGGAAAUUACACGUCACAUAUAUAUGUGUAUUCCUGUAUUAUUAUAUGCAUAGAAUAGUCAAUUUAAUUUCGGUGGGGAUUCACUGUAUUAAUC